AUGGAAUCAGAAAGAUCUAAUAACAUCCCUCCAUUGGCCAUUGAAGAAGAAAUAUUUGAUGAGGAUAUACCUGACAGAAGUAUCCCUUAUCACACUAUUCAACUCAUCGCACCUAUCAAUUCUCAAAGGAAAUCCGCUCAAGGAGGAUCUGAAACAUGUUUUUUCUGUAAUGAACCUGAUCUAUUAUUCGAACUUGAUGGAGCUAAUCUGAAACCAGUCGAUGAUGAUGCAAGGUUAAAUCCUCAAGAAGAAGAAGAUAGGAACCCCACAACUUCAAAUAUAGCAUUCGUCGAAUUACACAAUAAAAUACUUGAUGCUGAAAAGAUUCUUAAAGAAAAGACAUGUGAAGUAUCCCACAUAGAAUAUGAAAUCCUUGACUCAUACUAUCCUCUCGGGGAAGCAUUGGAGAAGAAAUUGGCUGAAUUUACAUCCAUUCACCCUCUUCAAACCACACGAAUCUUGCUUAAUGCAGAAAUUAACUAG